AUGGUCACAUCGUUCCCGUCGAAAUCCAGGAGUUGGGUCGGAUGGGAGCCGCCGACGUCAUCGAAUGUGCCACCAGCGCCUUCAGAUGCUCCGCCGUUUGUGGAUUCUGGAAUUUUCAUCCUCCUCCUCGCCGCCUUCCUCUUCAUCAUCUCGGCCAUCAUUUUCCUCGUCACUUUCAUCGGCACAAUCGGCGGUGGCAGCAACCUCACGUCAUCCGUCUCCAUCGGCAACCCAAGUGUCCUUCUCAUCAGCCGUUCCAUAAACUGUGACUUCAACCGCCCAAACCCGCCCGGUUUUCGUAUAUCCGACAAAUCCAUGCCUUUAGUCAACCCAUCCAAAUCUGGUAUGUUGCGAAGCGCCGUGAGAUCUUGUACCGCUCCAGAUGGGAGGAGUUUCGCAAUAUCGGCAAGUUUCUCAGCGACCUCUGCCUCUCCGGACGUCGGUUGCUUGAAUAUAAUGAGCUGGGUGGAAGAGAGCUAUCACGCUGCUCGGUGGGGAGUACACGGUUUUGAAGACGAUCUCGAAGGGUUGAGCUAUAGGGGGAAGCUCGACGGCACGGAAAAUCCAUUGCUUGCCGAAUGUGGACACACCGUCGUAGCAUCUGGAAAGAAUCAAGUUUUUGGUGGAAAAAGUUAUUUUGUAAAGAAUUUCAAGAACUAUCGUUUGGUAUAA